CUCCCCAUAUAGUCCCAGCCGCACUAACCAGAACAGGUAUAAAAUCAACGCAGUUGAGUUGAAAAGGUCACAGAUGACCGUCUCCUCGGUACACCAUCAUGCAGAUUUUCUUGUGCCAAGAUUAGAGAAUGUGCACUGCGAUGUCUGCAUGGCCUACAAUGGAGAUGAUUGUUAUGGCAAAGGCCUUGAGUGGGCUGUUCUGCAUCAGCGAUGUUUCUCUCAAGUUUUUACGUUCCAUUGAAUCUGUCUCUAGAUCACCAUCCCUGCGCUCCGCUCAGAAACGGCCUAGAUCCAAGAAGGCUCAGCGGCAGCAGGCCGACAUCGAAUCAAGAAAAACUGUUCGUUCAUUUGCCUCAAUGAUUAUCCUUCCUGCGAUCUCUGCGGCCCACUGGCUAUCACUAACUUGUCCCAGCCGCACUAACCAGAACAGGUAUAAAAUUAACGCAGUUGAGUUGAAAAGGUCACAGAUGACCGUCUCCUCUCGCGAUACCAUGAAACUCGUUGAAAUUUUCGUGAUCCUUGCUGCUUCCGGUGCUGCUGCUGCACUGCCACUGCCACUGGGGUGGACGCAGCAGUAGUUUCUCCCAAGUUUCCAGUCUGCGACAAAUUAUGUGACUCCUUUCGAGACGGUUUGUCAUGCGGCCCAGGGUGGUUCGUUAAGCUGGUGCACCCUGGUUGUUGGUCGUGUUGUCCUACUUGAACAUCUUGGUCAUUUUUGCUCCCAAUACAAACAAAAUGUGACAUGUACUAUUUUCUCAAAAGAUCGAGUACUUAGCACGGAUAAGAUCACUC